AUGGAGCUGGAGCACUUUGAUGAGAGGGACAAGGCUCAGAGAUACACCCGAAGGGGCUCAAGAGGGAAUGGGCUCCCCAGUCCCACUCAUAGUGCUCACUGCAGCCUGUACAGAACCAGGACACUGCAAGCACUGAGCGUAGAAAAGAAGGCCAAGAAGGUACGUUUCUACCGCAAUGGGGACCGCUACUUCAAAGGGAUUUUGUAUGCCAUUUCUCAGGAGAGAUUUAGGUCUCUAGAUGCACUUCUGGCUGACCUUACAAGAAGUCUCUCAGAUAAUGUCAACCUGCCCCAAGGUGUGCGGACCAUAUAUUCCAUUGAUGGCAUUACAAAGAUCACCAGUAUGGACCAGCUGGUGGAAGGAGAAAGCUAUGUUUGUGCAUCCAUAGAGCCCUACAAGAAACUGGAUUACACAAAAAAUGUAAAUCCCAACUGGGCGCCUGGUGCUAAGACUGCAGCUUUCCUCCGUGAACCUUCUUCCCUUGGUAGUGCCAAGGCUGGAUACCCAGAAACUAAGGAGAGUAAGGACUUCAUCAGACCCAAACUGGUAACCAUUGUCCGCAGUGGCGUAAAGCCUCGCAAGGCCGUACGGAUCUUGCUAAACAAGAAGACUGCACACUCCUUUGAGCAAGUCAUGACUGACAUCACAGAUGCCAUUAUGCUGGAGUCAGGAGUUGUCAAAAGGAUCUAUACUGUUGAUGGCAAGAUGGUCACCUGCCUUCAGGAUUUUUUUGGAGAUGAUGAUAUAUUCUUCGCUUGUGGCCCUGAGAAGUUCCGUUAUCAAGAUGACUUCAAUUUGGAUGAAACUGAAUGCAGGGUGGCAAAGUCUGCAUCGUAUGGACGGCUCCCCUCCUUGCAGGGACGUUCUUCCCCAAGAAGUGGUGGGAUGUCCCGCAGAAGCAAGUCUCCCUCAUCCACUGGUUCAGCUAAUGGGACUGCAGGCAGUCAGCUGUCCACCCCUCGAUCUGGAAAAUCUCCAAGCCCCUCUCCAACCAGUCCAGCUAGCCUCCGAAGACGCCAGGGAUCUCAGCACAGUGGCUCCUCACUGUCUUUAGCUUCUACCAAGGUAUGCAGCUCAAUGGAUGAAGGAGAUGGGCUUGGCAGUGAAGUGGAGCUCAUGGAUGAGUACCCAUCAGUCCCUGCCUCCAUAGCAGAGAGGUACAAAGUGGGGAGGACUUUAGGCGACGGAAACUUUGCUGUGGUCCGAGAGUGUAUGGAGAAAUCCACUGGAAGAGAGUACGCUCUGAAAAUCAUUAGCAAAGAUAAAUGCAGAGGAAAGGAGCACAUGAUCCAGAGUGAGGUGUCGAUCCUUCGGCGUGUGAAACAUCCCAACAUCGUACUUUUAAUAGAGGAAAUGGACACCUACAAUGAGCUCUAUCUAGUAAUGGAGUUGGUUAAGGGCGGUGAUCUCUUUGAUGCCAUCACCUCCUCCAACAAAUACACAGAGCGGGAUGCCAGUUGUAUGCUGUUCAAUCUGGCAAGUGCCAUCAAGUACCUGCACAGUCUCAAUAUUGUCCACAGAGACAUAAAACCAGAAAAUCUGUUGGUAUAUGAGCACCAGGAUGGUAGUAAAUCUCUGAAGCUAGGGGACUUUGGCCUGGCUACUGUCGUCAACGGGCCCCUCUAUACUGUGUGUGGCACUCCCACCUAUGUAGCACCAGAGAUCGUUACUGAGAAGGGAUAUGGCCUCAAGGUAGAUAUUUGGGCAGCUGGUGUCAUCACUUACAUACUGCUGUGUGGCUUUCCUCCUUUCCGUGGCAGUGGUGAAGAUCAGGAGGCUUUGUUUGAACAGAUUUUGAGGGGCCAGCUUGAUUUCCCAGCACCAUACUGGGACAAUGUGUCUGACACCGCCAAGGCUCUGAUCACUGGGAUGCUGCAGGUCAAUGUGGAUCAGAGAUUCACAUCUGUACAGGUGCUUGACCAUCUCUGGGUUAAUGAUGAUGGUUUGUCAGAGAACCAGCACCAGCUGCCUGUGGCUGGGAAGAUCAAGAAGCACUUCAACACAGGGCCCAAGCACAGCAUCACUGCAGCAGGAGUGUCAGUUAUUACACUUGAACGGGACUUUACCAUCCAGAGGUCAGGGUCUCUGGACCACUACCAGCAUCCAGGAUUGUACUGGAUAAGACCACCCCACUUGAUAAGGAGAAGCAAGUUUUCAGACGAAGACGCCACCAUGAUGUGA